AUGGCGUCGUACACACCGCGGCAUUCCCGGCAUCCAUCUCUCGAUCUCAGCCAAACCACUUCGUACUCUCCCUCCCGCGAGCGCCGCCAGUCCAAAGCCUCCUCCUUCGCCGACCGCCCCGGGACACCCCUCCGCAACGGUUUCGCCUCGUCUGAUAUGGAUUUGGCAAUGAUGAACGGUGAUGGCGGUGGCAACGGCCUUGGCAACCUGGCCGACGAGUUGGCCGGGCUUGACGAUGACUACGAUGACUAUGACGACUACGACGAGGAUGUCCCGGAGGGAGAGUACGACGAUGACAACGAGCUACAGAAAAGCCAGAUAACCACCCGCGGAAACAGUCCACACAAAACACAGGGAACUAAUUUCGAGGAUACGGAUGACACAGACCUGGACCAGAAAGGUGGCCAGCAGGUGCGGGAUAGCGGUGUCGAUGUAGAGCACAGCCCAUCACGAGGAAGCAGUCUCCCACACAGGUUGAGGAAUAACAGUCUGGGCGUACCCUCGCCCAGCGGGAAGCACGGGCACAGGAGAAAAGGCAGCGCAUAUGACGGCAGUGAAUAUGGCAGCGAGAGCGACCUCGACAAUGGCGGGAUGCCACCACGCUUAAUAGAGAAAAUGGAUGAGGUGGAAAGUCUGGCGAGACGGGGGACAGAGAAGACGGGAGGGCCGUUGGAUGGGACAUUUCAGAGGGUUACUGAAGGGCUGCGGGAUUUGGGCAGUCAAGCGGGUGUGGAGGGUGGUGCCACUAGGUUAAUAACCGCCCACUCGGCCGUGACAACUCACCUGAGCCAUCAAAACAGACAAAUGCACAACCUCUCCUUCCCGCUCUUGUCGCCCCUGGUAGCACCACCAGAUCCGGAGGCUAUCGAAGAGCUGUUGCCGAUGCUCAUCAGUCUUUCGGAACUCAUGCCUCGGCCUUCGACAACCGCUCUCCAGUCAUUAUCCUCGCUUCACAGCCUGACAACGGAUCUGGUGAAUACGCUCAACUAUCUGAGCGACACGAUUCACAUGUCAAGGCAAACCACCAAUAUUGCCACAAGAAGGUUAAAGUCGGCGAAAGAUCUCGUGGCGGAGAUCAAGCAUGAUGAGGAGCUGAGAGAGGAAGGGGAGAGGUGGCUAGCAAAGGGGAAGUGGGGUGAGAGAUUGGAGCGAAGGGAAUGUGCGAAUGUGUGUGGUGAAGUAGUGGGCGGGUUUGAGAAGGUAUGUGAAGGCUGGAGGAAGAGGCUGGUGGAGUUGGCCAGAGCAGAAGAGAUGGGCCAAGCUUAA